AUGCGAUUUCUCGCGGAUCGGACUUCGAUACCCGUCCCUUUUAUUAUCCACUCGGGUACAAAGAAGGAGAGCCCCCUCCAACUAAGCCCAUUCAUCAUAAUAGAUUAUAUCGACCAUGAAACGAAAAUGUACGAUGCCCUCAACACACCGGGAUGUUCGAUAGAGGAAGGUGGAAUUCUAGACCUGAACAUCGGAGAAGAUAAGCUUGAGAUGCUCUAUGGGCAGUUGGCGGAUAUUCUGCUUCGGCUUUCCACACCCUCUUUUCCUCAUAUAGGCUCUCUGAGCCAGAUCGAUGACUUCGUCUGGAAAGUAGCGCGGCGGUCUUUAUCAAUGAACAUGAAUGGACUUGUACAGCUGGGAGGAUUACCCCGGUCGAAGCUCCCCGAUCUACAUACUAAAUUCAAUACAGCCUCCUCAUAUCCCGAAGCCCUUGCGGAUCUCAACAUUGAGCACCUGACGCAUCAAAGGAACGAUGCGGUGGAGUCUGCAGAUGACUGUCGGCGGAAAUUUGUGGCCUGGAAGCUUUUUCGUAGGCUAGCCAAGGAUAAGCGGCUCACAAAUCCAUCACUGGAGAAAGGGCCUUUCAAAAUUGUCGGCGUCGUGGACUGGGAGUUCACAUACGCGGCACCUGCUGAACGUUCUUAUUCGCCCCCUUGGUGGCUGCUUAUAGAGAAACCAGAAUACUGGUCAAAGGGCAUUGAGACUGGACGAGAGUAUCGUCUCAAGACGUUCCUCAAGGUGAUGAAGGACUGCGAAGACAUAGCGAUCCAACAGGGCAGUUUGAGAGAGGAGCAGCGGCUCUCCGGUCCUAUGGGCCAAAGCUGGGAGAAUGGUGAUUUCUGGAUAAUGAAUGCAGUGUUGCACAGCUUCGCCUUUGAUACGGUCUACUGGCAGAAGAUCGACCCACGCUUUUUCGGGCCUACUGAGAACCCGGAAGGAGCAUGGAAAGAGAGACUCAACCUGCUGGAUGAAGAGGAAAAAUAUGAGAUGGAACAACUGGUGGCUCGAAAGCUGAAAGAGAUGGAAACCAGCGCUCUAGUAUGGGACCCCAAUGAGUAUACUCUGGCCUUUCGCGAGCAAUUGAAGAGACAGAGAGAAGAGGUCGAUGAAACGUACAUUAUAUAA